CCUGUUGACCCCCGAGAUUCUCCGGGUGCCGCUGCGGAGCCAAGCGACGCGCAGGCAGGGUGGCCGCUGCAGUGAGUGUGGAUGUGUGUGACAGCAUGAAGAACCGGAUCCCUGUGGUGCUUCUGGCCUGUGGUUCCUUCAACCCCAUCACGAAUAUGCACCUGCGAUUGUUUGAGGUGGCCAGAGACCACCUGCACCAAACAGGAAUGUACCAGGUGAUCGAGGGCAUCAUCUCACCUGUCAAUGACAGAUACGGGAAGAAAGACCUGGUGGCUUCCCAUCACCGAGUAGCCAUGGCCCGGCUGGCCCUGCACACAUCUGACUGGAUUCGAGUGGACCCCUGGGAGAGUGAGCAGGCACAGUGGACUGAAACAGUGAAGGUGCUGAGGCACCAUCACAGCCAGCUGCUGAAGUCCUCAAGCCAGGUGGAAGACCCAGACCCCAGCAAAACACCAUCAGCCUCUGCAGCGCUGCCAGAGCUGAAACUCCUCUGUGGAGCAGAUGUCCUGAAGACCUUCCAGACCCCCAACCUCUGGAAAGAUGAGCACAUCCAGGAGAUAGUAGAGAAGUUUGGCUUGGUGUGUGUGAGCCGGAGUGGUCAUGACCCAAAGGGGUACAUCUUGGACUCGCCCAUCCUCCGACAAUUUCAGCACAACAUCCACCUGGCCAGGGAACCCAUUCAGAAUGAGAUCAGUGCCACAUACAUCAGGAAAGCCUUGGGCCAAGGGCAGAGCGUGAAGUACCUCCUCCCUGAUGCUGUCAUCACUUACAUCAGGGACCAUGGCCUGUACAGCAAUGACAGUUCCUGGAAAGGAAAAGGAAAGAUUAGCUAGAGGGCCUCCUGAAGAAUGGGCAGUUAAGAGCUUUGUUUUGCUUUGGGGUCUGUGUUUUCAUGUUUGUUUUGUUUCUAUGAUGGUAAUGCCAUGGGUGACUUCCUACUGCAGGAAAAGAUUGUUUCUAUGGCUGGGACAAUCGUGUUAUCAGAGCAACUUAA